AUGGCAGCAGAACGUCCCAUAAUUGCGUGGGACAGGCUAGACACAGCAGUCACUAUUAUCAUACUGCUUCUCUUGGGUUUAGUAUUCCUCAAGCAGCCAUCUCUCUGGGCGGAUAUAUGGUUGGAACGGCGCCUAGCUGCUUUGACUCGACGUCUUGAAUCUCCGUUCGCUCGGCAGGGCAGCCCAGAAGGCGACGCCAAUCUCCCCCAGUCGAUGCCUCCUGAUAUUGCUGCCGCUCGUGAGAUCGAGGGGUCCCUCUCUGCAAUCAUGAAUGAACGGGAUACGCUGAAGGCUGACUGGAUGAUCUGCCCAAAACUUGUCGUUCACCAACUACCUACUAAAGAGGAGCAGAGCCUUAUGGAGUGCUUCACCACCACCCAAGACUGGAUGCGCAUGGCUGAAGAGGCUACAUCGCGCAGCCAAGCUCUCGUCGGAGUGUUUGCUACGUUUCGCAACCGGAGAGCACCACCGCCUUCAACAGGAUCAUCUUCAUCUCCAAACCAGAAAAUGCGGGUGUGGGCAGUCGUGUAUCGCGAUAUGAUGGCGCGGGGAGUGGCACCCCCUAUGCCAACUUCAAAGAGAGGCUGGGCAGAAGACCAGAAGGAAAAUCCGAAGCCACAGCGUGUGAAGGAGCUGGUGAUUUUCGACCCGGCGAUGGAUGGCCUGCGCCGUGCGCUCCAUAGCCGUACAGAGACUCCCAUCCAGCAAUGGUUCUCCGGGUUUCUAAUCCCCGAUCAGCAAGCCCUUAUACGGGAUGUGGUAGCUCGGACGCGGCUACGAGAGGCAACGCCGUUUCCGCGGGCGUGGAUCGGGGGAAAUGGCGACGACUUCCAAGACACAGGAAAUAGGGGCGGCGACGUCGUGGUGGCGUGGUUACGCAAAGCUUUACGAGGCCACCAUGCCGAAUUCCCGUCCGUCUACGAGGACGUGGAAGCACUGGAGGGUGAUCGAAGUGGAGGUGGUGAUGGAGGUUGGAUGGCGAAAGGGUUUUGGCCGGUGGUCUUUGACGAGUCAAUCUCCACAUCCUCCCCCUGUUAG